AAGAGGAUGUUUUACAGCUCUAAUUGAGCUUACGGGCACCGCCGUUCUGUGCGGAAGAGGCGGGUUUGCUACAAAUUUGUUAGCUGUGUGCCGUUUUUUUUUUUUUAGUUCUUUAACUGUUAUUAUUUUAAUUUGUUAAAUUUUUAUUUUGUGAAAAUGUGCAACGGCUGCGUGCAGAAAGAGUACCCGGAUCGGGGUAACACUUGUCUGGAGAACGGCUCUUACUUGAUGAACUACCUCGGCUGUGCCAACUGCCAUCAGAGGGACUUCGUACUGAUCAGCAACAAAGCCACUGAGGAUGACGAUGGAGAGGAGAUCGUCACAUAUGAUCAUGUUUGUAAAACCUGUGAUCACGUCAUCGCCAGGCACGAGUACACAUUCUCUGUUGUUGAUGAAUAUCAGGAGUACACUAUGCUCUGCAUGCUGUGUGGAAAGGCGGAGGACUCCAUCAGCGUGUUACCAGAUGACCCCAGACAGUCUGCGCCGCUGUUCUAGACUUCAAAAGAAACCUGCAGUUUUUAGGUCGCCAUCAUACGGUGCUGGCUUCUCAUUUAGGGUUCCAGCCAUUUUUUUUUUUAAUCAUCCACCCUUCUAUAACUAAGCACAUCAUACAUUUGGGCCAGUUUCUGGCUGUUUAUGAGCUACUGUAUGCUAAUAGGAGGAGGGCAGAAUAUAUAUAUAUAUACACAUAAAACUUUUUAUGACUCUUCAUGAUUACAUAAAAACUGUAUGUCAGCUCAUCUUAUAUUGUAAAUAAACACUUCUUUUUACUACAAAGAUUCUUCCUAAACUUUUCUACAUGUUAGGUGAUGCUACAAGGUCAGAAUACUUAAAUUAUGCAAAAUUAAAAAUUUGAAUGUA